AUGUCUGACCCCUACGAAGUGAAGCCCGCCCCCGGCGCCGGCAUGGGCGUCUUCGCAACACGCGCCCUCGACCCCGGCGAUGUCAUCAUGCACGACACCUUCGCCAUGAGAUUCCGCAACGGCCCCGACGUGAGCGCUCAACACGUUGAACACGCCUUCACCGAACUCAGCUCCACCGAUCAAAAGACCUUUCUCAGUCUGCACGAAGGACCUUACCCCUCGCCUUCCCGCCUCAAGCGCAUCUUCGAAGCUAACGCCUUCGGCCAUGGCGACAUGGUGUUACUCUUCUUCAAGAUCGCGCGGGUCAACCACGCCUGUACUCCGAACGCCCAGAUGACGGACCUGGAUCUAGAGUCUGACAGCAAAGUGGUGGCGCUGGAGCGCAUCGGCAAGGGCGAGCAAAUAUUCCUCAAUUACAUUGCGCUGGUGCUGGAAGGGACGAGAGAGGAUCGCAAGACUCAUCUCCACAGCAAUUACGGCUUCGUUUGCAAGUGUCGCGCUUGCAGUCUGACAGGGAAGGAAGGGGAGGUGAGCGAUAUGCGCAGGAAGCUGUUCGCAGGCUUGGCUGCAAAGAGUGCUGGCAAGCAGCCGUGGAGCUACAAAGAACAUCCGCGCGGCGCUCACCCGAUGGGAGGAAAGGACAGAGUCGUGGUGGAGGUCGUCCAGCCGCCGCUCUCGAAGCCGCUCACUUCGCGGGAAAAGGUCCACUGCGCCUUCUUCACCGCGAAGCUGAGGGAGGCAGAGGGUAUGAAGACGCGUGAGGUUAGCGAUGCGUAUGUCUACGCCGCGUUGGCGCUGCAUGAGCAGAUCAACAUGAUCGUGCGCCGCGGGAGGGUUGUGGUGAUGCCGACGGCGAAACUGUUGAAGGAAUGGAUCGAUAUGGCUGUAGCGCUGAUGAAGGGAAUACGGAAGGCAUCACACAACGAUGUGCGGGGAGUGGAGCAGUUUGCGCAGACGUUUUUGGGGAAGGACGGGUGUGUCGUGAUGGCUAGGCUCAUCUCCCCAGCAUCAGCCAAAGUGCUCAAGCGAGCGGGUUCACCGAUCGACCCGGACACGAUCUUUGCUGUGGACUGGAGGCAGGGACCGGGCAAAGAAUACUACCUCACGCAAGAAGAGUAUUUACAGGUGGUGCGGAGUGAGAGUCAGUGUAGUGUGCUGGGUGUGCCAGUGAAGACGGUGGUGGACUGGUUGACUACGAAGAGGAAGAAGCGGUGA